AUGCUCUGCGCCACUCCAGUCAAAUGGUCGAAAGUGGUCCGUUCGGAAAACGACACGGACGACUCGGUCAUCAAAAGACCGGAUCCGCGCAGCAAGAGAAGAAUAACUCUGCAGCCAGUGGAAGUCCCAGAGGAGCGAAUCGGUAAGUUCACAUCAUCAUUCGAUCAACAAUUCAGUGUCGAACUCGUUAUCUUUUGCAGCUCCAGCUGAGAUCUUCACCGCCCCCAAGCCCACAUGGACCCGACGCCGCUUCUCCCUCGUCGGGCCAGUGGAGCCAAAAGUUGAAGCGGCGAGACGUCGAUCCACCCAGCUGACGGAGCUCCAAAAGACUCCGAAAGCCUCGAGGACGCUGAAGACCCCAAUGGCUCCGAAGAUCUCGAGGAUGAAGAAGAGCAAUCUGAGGGAAUCGCGCGCCCUGGAGACCCCGAAAAAGAAAAAGCCUGUGGGAGAGUGCUGGGCUCCUCUCCGACUGUCAUUGCCCAUCAAGAAGAGCCGUCGGGAAUUGAGCAAGAUCGUCCCGCCUUUCGUGAGGAUGCAAUAA